AUGGCAAGUCUCCUACCUUGUUCAUCCACCACCAUCAUGCCUCUCCCAGGCCAAGAAGCCAAGGCACCCCGAAGAAACGAUGAAAGAACUAUUAUCCAUUUCGAUUACGACUGUUUCUAUGCUGCAGUCUUUGAGAAUGAGAAUCCAGCCCUAAAAUCGGUUCCACUUGUUAAGCAAAUAAUCGUAACGUGCAAUUAUGUCGCCAGGCAACGGGGGUUGCGGAAACUUCAACUCGUCACCGAGGCCAAAAAGAUCGUACCAGAAGUAGUUAUCGUGCUUGGGGAGGAACUGGGUAGGUUUCGGGACGUUUCCAAAACGCUUUACCACUUCCUUAAAUCAUUCAGCUGGUGCGGGAGAGCGGAGCGCUUGGGAUUUGAUGAGGUCUUCCUAGACGUGUCUGAUAUAGUCAACUUUAAUCAAGCCCUGCUCGACCCAAAAGACCUGCAGCACUCAUUCUUUCGCUUGAACCGAGAUGAUUCUACCGUAGGAUUUGCAUGCGAUGCCACCGUUCAAGCUGGCCACUCAUUUCCAGCUUCCACUGAGGCUCUUCUAGAUAAAAGCGAGACCUCUGUUUUACAACGUCUUACGCUCGGAUCGUAUCUAGCAGAGCACUUACGCACUCGGAUGGAAGACGAGACAGGCUACACGGCUACAGCAGGAAUAUCCACGAAUAAGCUUUUAGCCAAGCUCGUGGGAAGUCUAAACAAGCCACGAGGGCAAACAACUCUCUUACCUCCAUACAUCAUGCCACCGAGAUUUCAAGAGAAUCCUCCUAGCAAUGUGAUUAGAUUCAUUGACCGCUACGAAAUCAGUAAAAUUCCAGGUGUCGGGCACAAGUCAUCUCAGCGCAUCCGAAGUUACGUUACAUCUUUGUAUCCUUCAUUUGGCUCCGACUUACCCGAUAAGGCUAGUGAUGAAGCUGUCUUAGUUCGUGAUGUCCGAAACUUUCCUGGCAUGGGCCCAGAGGUACUCGAAAGAGUACUCGGUGGCCCUGGUGCCGAGCGUGGAAUUGGCGGAAAAAUAUGGGGGCUGCUCCAUGGAGUGGACAACAGUAUUGUUAAAAAUGCUAGGCAGAUACCUCAUCAAAUCAGCAUGGAAAAUACUUAUCUUUGCCUUAAAACUAUGUCAGAAGUCCAUCAUCAACUCAGUAAGCUUGCCAUGAGGUUAAUUAAACGAAUGCAUAUUGAUCUACUUGAGGAUUGUGAAGGGUCAUAUACAGGUUCCUCAAAAAAAUGGAUCGCUCAACCAAAAACCGUUCGUCUUUCUUCACGAGCGAGACCUACAAAAAAUUCAGUCACAACGCAAGCCAGGAGCUACAGUCGUGUUUCUAGGUCUUGUCCUUGCCCCAAUUUCAUUUUUGAGUUGGAUGUGGAUAUCAAUCUAGUGGUGGAAAGAUUGGUUGAAAAGACCCUUAUUCCCUUAUUCAAAAAGCUGCACCCCAAGAACCUUGAAUGGAACCUGUGCCUGGUUAACCUGUGUGUUACCAACAUGAAACAGAUAGCCGAGAAAGACUGCCAAGAUAUAUCAAGAAUGAUAAGUCUUUCAAAAGAUAUGACUAACGAGGAAUCAAACAUACUCAACAAUCUACCGUUAAAUUCUAUUUCUGGUGAAAAAAACUCAGUCUCUUCUUUAAAUUCUUUGUCACUUCAAUUAAGUGACCAGCAAACAGACGAAGAAAGUGAAGAUCAGUUUAGAUACCAAGCCAAAUGUGAUACCUGUGACGUCACGGUACCAUUAUUUGCCAUGAAAGCGCACCGCAGAUUUCAUUCACAUGGCUAG